AUGGCGCCUACGAAGCCCAAGCAGUCCCGAAAGCGGGCUCCAAGAAAAGCAGAGUGGGACCGCAUCAGCGAAUCGUUCCAUCAAUUGUAUAUCCGCCAGAAGCUUCCUCUGUCCAAGGUGGCUACGAUACUUAAGCAUGAGCACAACUUCGAAGCAGGAAUCUCCAUGUACAAAACCCGUAUCAAACAGGUGGGGACAAAAAAGAACUUCAGAAAGGAAGAAUUGGCCGCCGUUGCAGAGUUACUCGAAACCUUUGUGCAGGCUGGGUUGAGAACGCCAAUCGCCGUUGUUGAUGGUCGGCCAGUUCCGACACAUCGCGUCAAGCGCCGUUUCAGCUCCUUGCUUUCUCACAACAAAUCGCGGGACUCGACGACCGCCACGCUGUUUCCAGAGACGACCUCUCUGCGCGGUCUUGAAAGCUCCCAAAGUCGGGACCACGAGGCAGAAGCUGGGCGCCGUCGCCGAGGAGUGACUAUGCCAAAGAUCAUCUUGAAGCAGUCUGAAGACAUGCACGAGCUUGAGAUGGCGAUGAUCCAAAUCAACAAUUACUACGCUUGGCGACUUCGGCAAAGUGACGAAUACUUCCUACAACAGGGUGCCGACUCGAGCUUAUCAACUCUCCACCAUUUCUUCAAUGCGGUGAAUUAUCUCAGAUAUGGUCUUGACAAUGGCCCGCUACGUCCCAGCCAGAAUUGGAUGUAUAUCCGCCAUCGCGCAUCGAUAAUGCUACAGCAACAACAUCCCAGAUUGCCCGAUACUUUACUACUUGACUACGCCAAGAGCUAUCGUACUCACGUCCAACCCCUAAUAAGGGGUGUGUAUUCGUAUCUUCUCAGUCAAGCCAGAAGCGUUCUCCGAGACAGACAUCCCAUAUCGAUGAUUCUAAAAGUGCUCCAAAGCCAUGAGACACAGCAAAGAUCAACAUCACUGCUAUUGAAAAUGAUAUGCGACGUUGUCCGGAGAGAAGAGGGUUGUCAUUCCGAGCUGGCCUUCGAGCUCGAAUAUGAUAGAGCCAAGGCCCUAGACGUCCAUGGGGACUUCAUGACAUCCAUGACAUGCUGGCACAGUUUGCUGCAGCGAAGUGUGGACGCAUGGGGCGAGAAGGCUGAGUGCAGUAGAAGAAUUCUGUACCGGAUUGGGUAUGUUCAUUUUGAACACGGCCUCGACUGCCAGGCAAAAAAAGCUUGGUUAGAUGUUUUGAGGCUAGAUGAUGCCUAUGUCCAAGGUAGCAACGACAUAGGAUCGUCGUCCGUUUCUGCCACCAGAGGCCUCGGAUGGAUUUGUGAGACGGCACAAGACUUUUCAGGAGCAGAGGAGUGGUAUCUCAAAGCGUAUAAUGCUUCUUGUCACAUCUUGCCCCCGAAGGACGCCUUCACGUUGCUAAUUUUGCAGGAACUCGACCGGAUGCGCGCAAGACUGAGGGAGGGCGAGGAGCUGUCCGAGAUCGAUGAUGCAGGUAAUGAAGAUGUCCUUGAGGAGCUUCAACAUGAAAUCUCGCUCCUGCACUUGCAACAUGAAGAAUCAGAGAACCUCAAGUCCCACGCUGAGCCAUGGAACGAGUGGGACGAUGAUGUUCCCGGUGCGAAGGACAACAACACUUCACAGAGUCGUGAAUCCUUGGAGGAAGCUGUUUCGCCAAUUGACAAGACUCUCGGUGGGGAUGACCACCGGAGCGACCAAGUUGAAUUCACAGACUCCAAUUGCAGCACAUCUUGUGUUCCAGGACUAAUCUGGGACGACACAAAUGACCUCGGAUCCUCGACGAAGUAUGAGUACUCAGCACACGCACAGCCUUUGCAAACUCUUCUGCCAUGCGGACCUUUUGAAGCGUUUGGCGAGGAUGGAAUGGGUUUGAUGCCGACUUCUUGGAUCGAUGCGUGCGGACUGGAUAACGAAGCCCUACCAGCAUUCCUACCUGAGGAACCUACUCUCCCAUCGUCACUGCCAGCAAGUGGGAAAUAUUCUCACACCGCGUUAACAUACAUUGGGACUCUGCCCACAAUCAACGACGACCCCGAGUUUCAAGAAUUCGAUACCGCUAGGAAUAGCAGGGUUGGCUUUGAAAAUACUCACCCAAUGAUGCUCGACUCUGACUACCAACGAUUCGCCUGCACCGGAAGAAGUACCGGUGACAAUCGUAACGUUGACCCCAUGGAGCUCGAGCGGGAGUACCAAGAAUCCGACAUUGUCAGGGACACGUGCGAUGACAUCGCCAUUGGCCCGACGACCUACGACCCCAACGGCGACUUCGUCAACACCUUCGACCUGAGCUUUCUUGACGAUGUCGACCUGCAAGCAUGCCAGGCGAUCCAAGGCCAGGAGCUGCACGAGGAGCAAGAUUUUUUAGUAUGGUGA